AUUAGAUCUUUUUGGAUUGUUAUCACUAUUGAUCCCUGUUUCAACCACUCCUUCAACCAUCCAAUAAAUAUAAUACUUACUAUUGCAGAAUUGAAAGAAAGUUGUGAAGUAUUUGAUGGAAGGUAAUAGUAGGGAUGUUGAUGCACCAGACGCCAUGGAAAUGUUUGGAGCUUAUGCUCAUAUCUACGAGCACGCAUUCAACUACGCAAAUUCCAUGGUCCUCGCCGCUGCAAUUCAGCUAAAUAUCCCAGACAUAAUCCACCGCCAUGGAAAACCAGUCACCAUUCCGGAGCUUGUUUCUGCGCUCAAACUCCCUCCUCAAAGAUCAAACGCCGUUUAUCGCAUCAUGCGCCUCUUAACUCACAAUGGCUUCUUUGAUUCAACAAAGCUCAAUGAAGAAGAAGAUGGGUAUGUUCUCACAGCUUCUUCAAAGUUGCUCCUCAAAACCCAAAUCCCAGACCUAUCCCCUUUCGCCCGACUCCUGGUUGACCCGGUCAUGGUGGCGCCGUGGCAGCUUUUGGGAGACUGGUUUUCAAGAAAUGACGAGUCAACUCCCUUCGAGGCGGCGCACGGUGCUCCCAUUUGGGAGUUUUGCCACAAGGAUUCCAGGUUUAACAACGUUUUCAAUGAGGCAAUGGCUAGCGAUUCCCAGAUGAUAAGCUUAGUCGUGAAAGAUUGUGGGCAAGUGUUUGAAGGGGUGGAUACAUUGGUAGACGUUGGAGGCGGCACCGGAACCAUUGCUAAGUUCAUCUUGGAGGCGUUUCCGAGGUUGAAAUGCACGGUGUUUGAUCUCCCUCACGUUGUUGCAGAUCAACCCCAGUCCCAAAACCUGCGAUUCCUCGGAGGGAACAUGUUUCACUCCAUUCCUUCUGCUGAUGCCAUCAUGUUCAAGCAUGUUAUGCAUAACUGGAAUGACGACAGCUGCGUGAAGAUACUAAAGAAAUGCAGAGAAGCUAUCUCAAACGAGAAAGAUGGAGUGAAGGGGAAGGUGAUCAUCAUUGACAUGGUUUUGGGCGCAGAGAAACACAAUGAAUUGGCAGACGCAACUGAAGUGAAGCUCGUGUUUGAUGUUCUGAUGAUGAUUCUUCUUACUGGGAAGGAACGAACUGAGAAGGAAUGGGAAAAGCUGUUUAUUGAGUCUGGGUUCACUCACUAUAAGAUAACUCCAGUUUUUGGCCUCAGGUCCCUCAUUGAGGUGUUUCCUUAAAUUACUACCCACUUUUUCAUGUCUCCUAUCCUAAUACUGCCUUUAACAGAGUAUGUUAUUGUUAAGACUUAAAGAGAAGUGGCUCCACUUGUGAAAGAUUAUGACUAAAAUAAACUGUCGGUCUGACAAAUUAAAGUUUUC